AUGUCUGACAACCCUGAGAUGAAAAAACAUGGUACGAGCAAGGAGAUUGUGGAGUCGGUUACUGACGCCACCUCAAAGGCCAUUGAUAAACUGCAAGAAGAACUCCACAAGGACGCCAGUGAAUCUGCUACACCGGUAACCAAUGAAAACACUGCUGCCACAAAGGAGAGCAGGAAAUACAACUUUUUCAUUAGAACUGUCUGGACGUUUGUUAUGAUCAGUGGUUUUUUCAUCACCUUAGCAUCAGGCCAUGCAUGGUGUAUAGUGCUGAUUUUGGGCUGCCAAAUUGCUACUUUUAAAGAGUGCAUUGCUGUAACUAGUGCAUCUGGUCGCGAAAAGAAUUUGCCACUAACAAAGACGUUAAACUGGUAUCUUCUCUUUACGACAAUUUAUUAUCUAGAUGGGAAGUCACUAUUCAAGUUCUUUCAAACUACUUUUUACGAGUAUCCCGUAUUGAAUUUCAUCGUAACAAACCACAAGUUCAUCUGCUAUUGUCUCUAUCUAAUGGGAUUUGUUUUGUUCGUUUGUAGUUUAAGGAAGGGAUUUUUGAAAUUCCAGUUCGGAUCAUUAUGCGUUACUCAUAUGGUCCUUCUUCUGGUGGUAUUUCAAGCACAUUUGAUCAUUAAAAACGUGCUCAACGGGCUAUUCUGGUUCUUAUUACCAUGUGGAUUGGUCAUUGUUAAUGAUAUCUUCGCCUAUCUGUGCGGCAUUACAUUCGGUAAGACUAAACUAAUAGAAAUCUCUCCUAAGAAAACUUUAGAAGGUUUCCUUGGUGCCUGGUUUUUUACUGCUUUGGCAAGUAUUAUAUUAACAAGGAUUCUGAGCCCUUAUACUUACUUGACAUGCCCUGUGGAAGACCUCCAUACAAAUUUUUUUUCCAACUUGACGUGUGAACUAAAUCCAGUUUUCCUUCCACAAGUUUACAGGCUUCCACCUAUCUUUUUCGAUAAAGUUGAAAUCAAUUCUAUCACAGUAAAACCAAUUUAUUUCCAUGCUUUAAACCUAGCUACCUUUGCAUCAUUAUUUGCGCCAUUUGGAGGCUUUUUCGCAUCUGGUUUAAAGAGGACUUUUAAAGUUAAAGAUUUUGGCCACUCCAUUCCAGGUCACGGUGGUAUCACAGACAGGGUUGAUUGCCAAUUUAUAAUGGGUUCUUUUGCCAAUUUGUACUAUGAAACAUUCAUCAGCGAACACAGAAUAACAGUAGAUACAGUUCUGUCCACCAUUUUAAUGAACCUGAACGACAAGCAGAUUAUAGAAUUAAUUGAUAUCUUGAUUAGAUUUCUAUCUAAAAAAGGUAUAAUAUCAGCAAAGAAUUUUGAAAAGUUGGCUGAUAUCUUUAACGUCACUAAGAAAUCAUUGACCAAUCACUCUUGA